GUCCUGCAGUCAACGCAGAAAGCAACGAAGUGUUACUCGCGAGAAGGAGCGUGCUCGACACCAAACGGGUCGUCUUUCUUGCAAUACAGAACUCGAGCAGCAUUGUGAAUCGUCAUGUACGCCGUCAGCAUCUCCCUCGGCGCGUCGAGCAGCUACGUCGCCGUGACGCCCGUUAACAGCACCACCGGCACCCCCUCUCCGAACGAUGUGCCGCCGAUCAAAGUCAUUGCCAACUCCAGCGGCCACCGCAACACGCCAGUCGUGGCAAGUCUGAUGGAGCAGGAGGUGCUCUUCGCGGACAACGCUCUGCACCAGUACGCCCGCCAGCCGCAGAAGGUGGUGCCCUACCUCUUCAGCUUCGCCGCCGCUGCCGCCUCUAUCGCCGAUGCACUCCACACCACAGGCGCUGCCGAGGAUGCCGCCGCGGCGGAGUCCGAGAUGGAACUGACAUCUGACCUUCUGCAGGUGGUAGAGGCGGCGGUGAGGCAGAAGUACAAGGGCCACUGCCACAUGACCAUCUCCACCGCCGGCGCGCGGCGACUGGGCUUCGAGUACACGGCGGAGCUCAACGGCGAACCGGUAGAGAGCUUCAUUUCGGCCGAAGACCUCUUCAUACAGUUUUUGAACUACGUGAAGGAGCACUCUAUUGACGGCGCGUGCGGGUUGGCCACUAGUGGCGGCGGCUCUCCGAGCGACUCUGCCCCUAACUCCACUAAGAUUUUUCUCUCGUUGGUCGUCCCGCGCUACGCUUUCCCGGAGGCGGCGGACAGCACCCACAACGGCCACCGCAGCAGCACGGUGGAGUGGCUGAAGGAGGCGGUGCAGGCCUCUCAUCUCGGCGCCGUUGUCACGAACACCUCUGUCGUGUUCAGUGAUGAGGCCGCCGUCCUAGCCUACGACGGGGCUGCCGUUGAGCGGCGCAUUCCUCGCUUCCUCGGCACCGCCACGCAUAACAUGCUCGUGGUAGACUGGGGGGCGCACAGUCUCGGUCUCUCGCUGCUGUGCUCGCGUGGGGGUGUCCUUGUGUGCCCGCCGAAGCAGCACAACGUGCCGUACCGCUGCUUCACAAAAGGCAGUGGGGCGGGCAGCGACGGCUACUUCGGCGUGGGCGGCUACAGUGGUGGAGACGCCCUCGACCUAGCACUGGCAGAGCGCGUGGCGGCGCAGUACAUCACACAGCAGCGCCGUCAGUUUGCCAGUACGGUGCGCAACUUCAACGCCCUCAUGCGGCUGAAUCAGAGUCUGCCGUCUAUGGGCUCUGCGGAGCACCCGGCCACGCAGCUCAUUCAGGAGGCCAUCCCCGCACGUGCGAUGCGCCGCCUGGCCCUCCUGAUGGCGGAGAAGAAGGUCUCACUCAACACGAACCCGCAGGCGUCUUCGGUGUCUGUGGAGGUGGAAGCCUUCUACGAGGGCAUGGACCUGAUGGACAAUCAAACGCUCAGCAAAAAUAAGCUGGACAACGCGAUUCGCAGCGAGUGGGGAUUGGUCGACAUGUUCGUCAGGGCUGUCCGCGCCUUUGCCGAGAAGUACCAGGAGACGUGGACAGAGGGCUUCGUGGACGCCGUUCUCCUUGCCGGUGGCAUGUGCCAGAUGUCGUCUCUCACGAAGUUGCUGACCGUCUCCAUCACCUCUGCCGAUCAGCGCUCCCUCUUCAGCCCCAACGUCCGUGUGCUGGACUCUUCCGUCAUGGGCAACGGCGUGUGCGCGGACGAGCUGUUUUGCGUAGGCGGCUGCCACCUGAGCUACCGCGUUGCUGAAGCCUUUGUAGCACUGCGUCUCGCAAAGGGCCGUCAGGUGCGCAAAGGCGCCGGCAAGCUGCGUGCGUCGAUCGUCGCGCAGGCGGCGGAGGUGGCCUCGUGUGUGUGGGAUGCGCUGACAAAGGAUGACGACGACGACGACGACGACGACGGUAGCGAUGCCGGCUCGCAGAAGGCGCAGGCGGGCGACGCUCCCCACAGCGGACUCUUUCUGACCAAUAAUGUUUACGUCUACACCGGCGACGCCACGGACCUCACCACCGCCGCGACGCAGACGUUGGCGCGUUCAUCGCUGCAGGUGCUGCUGUCUCGCUCGUUGCCCCUACCGGCCCGUGUGUGCAUCCCGUGGUCGCCCGCAUCUUCUGAGGCGAAGGUGGUGCUGUACCUUUUCACGGACGCUAGGGAAGCAGCGGCGGUCAGCGGCGGUGGCGAGAUGGUGGAGGUGCGGCCGGUGUACGCGACAGGUCUGACGCUGACGGCGGCGCCUGCCGUAGAUGGCAGCGGCUCCGCGGUCUCAUUUGUGAUUGCGGUGACUGCGCAGGCCAAGUGGAACGAAGCGUCGGAGAGGGAGGUUCAGCUCAGCGUGCAGCUUGUGCGUGCACUGCCCAACGAGUCAGGCAGCCAAGGUUUGCCCCCGGUCAUCACGCCCGGCAACGUCUGCAGUACAACGGAGUUUAUCCUCCAUUGA